UGCAGUCAUUUUGAAAUGAAAAGAAAAGUGCUGGACAAGUACCUUCCUGUGUGAGGUAAGGCCAUAUGGAUGUUGUAGACAGAGCAUGAACCAGCAGGAGCGAGUCAUUGUCUCGAUGUUAGCAGACAACGGUAGCGUGUCAUGGAGGGUCAUGCCAUGGUUUUUUGCACUCUGAGGAGGACACGAUGCUGUUUUCGACCAUGGUGGACAUGUUUUGGAUCAAACAGGCCUUCCUGCGAAAUAGGAACAGGUCAGUCUUGUCAAGAUUGAGCUUGAGGCAGACACCCAUCCUCACUAUGUCACCUGGUAGGAGCGCUCUGCCAGAUUGGGUUUCUUCUGAUUGAGUGUCUCCUGAUUGGGUGUCUUUACGACUUGACAGAACUAUCUUUGUUUCAGUGACAGUCUUAACCCGCAGAACAACUCGUCAGAACUGUCUUUAUUUUUGGCCAUGGUCUUAACUCGGCUGAAGAACUAGUCAGAACUGUCUUUGUUUCUGCUACAGUCAUAGUGGCAGGUGACAACACAGCCACCAGUAAAUACUCACACCAAAAGGAAAAGCAGCAAGGGAGGGCCAAACCACACCCCUACAAGCCAGGCAGUGAAUUAACACAGCAAACACUACCAGAAACAAAAACAACUGAUACGCAAACACAACAGCAACAGAUACCAAACAGUUGAUUUUGGCAUGCCUAAUGUUUUGACUUUGUCUCAAAUCGAUUUAUUCCAAUGAAUCUGCCUCACGAUGGCCAGCUUGACCAGAAAUGACACAUCUUUGGUUAUCGUGGUGUUAUUCCAGCAACAGACUCCACAUGCAAAUGCAAUUCAUAGAAUCAGGACUUCUGCAUGUAUUUUCUGCUGCAAAUACAGUCCAAAUACAUUUGGCUGCCUUAAGCAAGGGGGACUGCGUUCCAAACUGGCAGUAGUUUCUAAAUACAUGGUUCAUCCCAUAUAAAUGAAAAUCAAGAGCAUGUGUGUCAUCUCCCUGUCUGUCUCUAGUUAACGUUUUUCCUUUUAGUCUCACCCUCAGUCUCUUUCACACCCUUGCUCUAUUUUCCCCCUUUUUCUGACUCUGACUCUCCCUCUCAUUUUCAUCUUUCUCCCCCUCCCUCCCUCUCUCGCCCCAAGGCACUUUGACACUUUCCCUCCCCCUCCUCCCUUUCCUCAUCUCUCCUUUACACUUUUCCACCAUAACACGCACACACACACUCAUGUACACUCUCUCAUAUGUGCACACACACUCACUCUAUUUCCCCCAGUUUCUCUGCCUAACACUCACACCCACUUUCUCUCUCUCUCUCUCUUCACGCUAACACACACACACCCACGCCCACUCUCUUCCUGGCUCUGUCUCUCUCAGUCUCUCUGUCCUCUCUGACGAGGGAACAUGUUGCCUAGGAGCUGCAGCAGCAGUGAGCUACACGUGGAGUCAACCCUCUCUCUCUCUGCGUCUGACUGGGAUUAACCAGGGACUGGAGGGACUGGGAGAGGGAACCAUAGGCGCUCCGUUUUCGGGACCUCUCUCUUUUCUCCGCUCGCCUGAACGGACUGGCUGAGGAAACGGAGGAGAGGUGGAAAGAAGAAAAACCGAGGGGAGUACGCAGAGGGAUUCAGGACUGUCACUGUGAGUCUGACCAAACUGACAGAGCAGAACUAACAAGAGGAGGAGGUGCAGGACGAGGAGGAGGAGAAAAGGAGAGGAGUCAGGAUUUUGUUUACCUGACAGAAGUCCCAGCGACGGAGGAGAGGAGGAAGAAGCUGAGGGAAAACCGUCUGGUCGGAGAACCUACACGCUACAUAUCAACAUCCGCCUGGGACGACUGGUGCACUAGGUUGGGACUGGGACUUGGCAGACCCCCCCAAAAUUCACUGCCAUGUGGCAGGAGGCCUUACGGACACGGGGGCGCUACCUGCUGGAGCGCGGGGGAGAGGGCGGGGACGGCGGCGAUGGUGGAGACGCCCUGGGCGAUGUGUUCGUAGGUUUUGGGGAGACCCCGACACAGGGACAGGUGUGUGUGGGGGUGGGGGGACAGAAGAGCCCGGACUGGUUGUACGAGUCCUACUAUCGUAUGAGCCAGCAGCACCCUCUUAUCGUGUUCCUUCUGCUCAUAGUGAUGGGGGCAUGCCUCGCUCUGCUGGCCGUAUUCUUCGCUUCCGGACUGGACAUGGAGGAACACCUGGCCUUCCUGAUCACUGUGCCGACCACCCUCUUCCUCUUCCUCUCCAUCUUUAUCCUGGUCUGCAUCGAAUCCAUCUUCAAUCGCCUGCUCCACCUCUUCUCUCUCCUGAUAUGGGCCUGCCUAGUUACUAUGGGCUAUCUCUUCAUGUUUUGCGGGGGAAUCCUUUGUCCUUGGGACCAGGUGUCCUUCUUUCUGUUCAUCGUGUUCGUGGUGUACACCAUGUUGCCGUUCUCCAUGAGAGGAGCCGUCGUAGCCAGCACCAUCACAUGCCUGUCACACACAAUCACACUAAGUGUGUGUCUGGCAUCUACAGCUGAGGCCUUGGAACCACUAGUGUGGCAGAUCCUAGCUAACAUCAUCAUCUUCACAUGCGGUAACCUAGCCGGAGCGUACCAUAAGCACCUGAUGGACCUGGCCCUGAGACAAACCUACCAGGACACCUGCAACUGCAUCAAGUCCCCUAUCAAACUGGAGUUUGAGAAACACCAGCAGGAGCGGUUAUUGUUGUCGCUGCUCCCAGCCCAUAUCGCCCGAGUGAUGAAGGCGGAGAUCAUUCAGAGGCUACAGGGACCACGGGACAAGGACUUUGGCCGCGCUGAGAGCACCAACAACUUCCACAACCUCUAUGUCCAACGACACACCAACGUCAGUAUUUUGUAUGCAGACAUCGUAGGGUUCACUAAGCUGGCUGGUGAUUGUUCACCUGGAGAACUAGUGCACAUGCUCAAUGAACUGUUUGGCAAGUUCGACCAGAUUGCCAAGGAGAAUGAGUGUAUGCGAAUAAAGAUCCUGGGUGACUGUUACUACUGUGUGUCGGGCCUGCCAGAGUCACUGCCCGACCACGCACGCAACUGUGUCAAAAUGGGACUGGACAUGUGUGAGGCCAUCAAGAAGGUACGGGAUGCUACGGGUGUGGACAUCAACAUGCGUGUCGGGGUGCAUUCUGGGAACGUCCUGUGUGGCGUCAUUGGCCUCCAGAAGUGGCAGUAUGAUGUCUGGUCACACGAUGUCACGCUAGCCAAUCAUAUGGAGGCAGGGGGCGUGCCAGGACGGGUCCAUAUCUCCUCUGUAACAUUAGAACAUCUGAAGGGGUCCUAUAAGGUGGAACCAGGGGAAGGACAGACCAGGGACUCCUACCUGAAGGAGCAUGGGGUUAUUACCUACCUGGUCAUCAACCCAAAGGCUGAGAGGCGGAGCCCGCAACUGUGCACGCGUUCUCGUCCGUCAUUGGACGGAGGGAAGAUGAGGGCGUCGGUCAGGAUGACUCGGUACCUGGAGUCGUGGGGGGCAGCGAAACCCUUCGCUAACCUGCACCAUCGAGACAGCAUGACCACUGACAAUGGCAAGAUUAACACUACAGAUGUUCCAAUGGGCCAGUAUCACUACCAGCGAAGAGAGAGAACUAAAUCUCAAAGGAGAAGGUUUGAGGAGGAACUGGAAGAGAGGAUGAUUAGAACCAUUGACGGCAUCAACUCACAAAAUAGGCAGUGGCUGAAGUCAGAGGACAUCCAAAGGAUCUCGCUGUUCUUCCACAAUAAGACUCUGGAGAAGAAGUAUCGAGCCACCACACUGCCCGCCUUCAAGUACUACAUCACCUGUGCCUGCCUCAUCUUCUGCUGCAUCUUCAUAGUGCAGAUUCUGGUCCUGCCCAAAACAGCCGUGUUGGGGAUCUCCUUUGGCAUGUCUUUUCUCCUAUUAGCUUUAAUCCUUGUGAUAUGUUUCUCCAGCCACAUCAUGCAGGGAGGUAAAGGGUCUUGGUGCUCUCUCCCGUGGCUCCCUACUUCCUCACGCAUCAUAAUCGCCAACAAACCCUGGCUCCGAUUGGUCCUCACCAUGACAACUACUGCUCUCAUACUGGUCAUGGCCGUGUUCAACAUGUUCUUCCUAGAAGAUGAGGAUCUGACCACACCCCCUAGUCUAAACAUGACCAAUGACAGCAUGCUCCCUGCCAACAGCCCCACCCACCUCACGGAUGGAAAUAAGUUCUACCUGCCUUAUUUCAUCUACUGCUGUAUCCUGGGUCUGGUCUCCUGUUCCGUGUUCCUGAGGAUUAACUAUGAGCUGAAGAUGGUUGUCAUGCUGGUUGCCGUGGUGAUCUACAACAUCAUCAUCCUCCAGACGCACGCUCCCCUGCUGGACGGCUACAGUACUGCACUAUACCGCACACAGACAUUGGACAGGCCAGGUGUUCUAAAGGAUCUGAAGACGAUGGGUUCCAUUUCACUCUUCAUCUUCUUCAUUACGCUCCUGGUGUUAGCACGACAGAAUGAAUAUUACUGUAGGUUGGACUUUCUGUGGAGGGACAAGUUCAAGAGAGAGUGUGAGGAGAUUGAGACAAUGGAGAACCUCAACAGGGUUCUACUGGAGAACGUUCUACCUGCCCACGUUGCAGAGCACUUCCUGGGACGCAAUUGGAAGAACGAGGACCUGUACCACCAGUCGUAUGAGUCGGUGUGUGUGAUGUUCGCCUCCAUUCCAGACUUUAAAGAGUUCUACACAGAGUCAGAUGUCAACAAAGAGGGCCUGGAGUGUCUCCGGCUGCUCAACGAGAUCAUCGCUGACUUUGACGAGCUUCUGUCCAAGCCCAAGUUCAGCGGGGUGGAGAAGAUCAAGACCAUUGGCAGCACCUACAUGGCUGCUACAGGCCUCAAUGCUACACCUGGACCUGAAUACACACAGGAACAUGACCGUCAGUAUAUGCACAUUGGCACCAUGAUGGAGUUUGCCUUUGCCCUGGUGGGGAAAUUAGAUGUCAUCAACAAGCAUUCCUUCAAUGACUUCCGGCUACGAGUUGGGAUAAACCAUGGUCCAGUGAUUGCGGGUGUGAUCGGAGCUCAAAAGCCUCAGUAUGACAUCUGGGGGAACAGUGUUAACGUGGCCAGCAGAAUGGAGAGUACUGGGGUACUGGGGAAAAUACAGGUAACCGAGGAGACGAGUCGUAUCCUAGCGACACUGGGCUACAUGUGUUCAUGUCGAGGCAUCAUCAAUGUGAAGGGAAAGGGAGAACUCAAGACCUUCUUUGUACACACAGAGAUGACCAGAUCGCUGUCACAAGGGACUGUGAUGCCUUAAACAUCACACACUGAACACUACACACACUGAAACUAUUCCAAAAAGAAGCAUUUACAUACACACACAUGGACUUGCACACACACGUGCACGCACAAAUACACCACAUACAAUGACUUAUAACAAUUACACACACACACACACACACACACAAAUCCAGACUCUGUUAACAGUAUUUGUAGACCACAUGUGAACAGACGGACAGACAGACGACUGUACAUACAGUAAUACCUGCAUCGUCCCUCCUUAGCUGAACACUGUAGUGGUUGGACAUAGGGUAACUUUGUCCCUAGACACUGACCUUAGGUCAGCUUUGCAUCCCCCUUCCCCAUGCAGUUAGGACGUGCAACUGGAGCUGUGCGUGAGGUCAGUUUGAGGGGACUUUAUUAAAGGCAGUGGCAGAAUCUGUGUCAGGCUUUGAGUCAGAAGCCAUGUUGGUUCCAACAGUAUUUUCAGCAUUACGGCACUUCUAAGAAUGGACAUUCAAACUUUGUGUCAACAUGCUGGAUAGUUUGCCAAACUAUAGCUAGCAGGGUUGGUUUCCAUUCUAGGUAUUUCAGGUGCAGUAAAAUUCUAAUUCUCUUUAAUACUUUUCAACGAGGAACAUUUGGGGAAUUCGGUCAACUUUCCGAAAGGACCGGAAUCGAAGCCAAUCCUGCUAGCUAGCCGAUCUUUAUGGCUCUGGACCCGGGCAGUUUCUGCCAGGCCAAGUGGAAGGUGAACCUCAAGAGCAGCAGGUGAUUCAAGAGGUUAUUGACUUUUGUAAGAAAACGAGAAAACAAUAUCAACAUCAGGAGAAUGUUCCCAUGUUUUGACGCCAUCAUUUUCUUACUCAUUAAAACAUUUGUAUAUAAAUGGACAAAUG